AUGGGACUCCUCCGCAAAAAGGUGUCCAAAUUCUCCCUCAAGGCUGCAAAGGAGGACACGAACAGACCACCAACUCCGCCACCACAGCUCCCACCGCUCCCAGGGCACAUUCUCCGGCAAGAGCAGCAGCAGCAGGCAAAGGACUCGGCCGCGGGACCCAGCCAGCAGCAACAGCAACAGCAGCGUAGACGGAGCAGAUCACUUUGGUCGGGCAGCGACGAGGCCCGUCUCGCAGCUGGUUCACGACUCGGCCGUCGGGGCUCCUUGUCUGCUACCCCAGAACCAGGAGGAGGAGCCCAGCCAUGGCGCAGCCGCGAGGCGUGGCUCGCGUUACACCAAAGCCCCGUCGGCGCCGCUGCCGCGGUUCCCACCCUGCCUGUUCCGUUUGGCCCAGGCGGCGACAUGCCCGGCUGGCGGAGCCGCGGCGCACCAGGCGGUGGCUUCUUCGGUACAGCCGCCGAGCUAGACAACACGAUUGUGCGCAACUCGGAGAACAGUGACGGGAGGCGGACUCCGGUUCCUGGCACGCCGUCGCGCCGUCUGAGAACCUCCCCCUCCGUGCCGUCCCUCGCGCCCUCACCUUCCAAACUCGGCAGGCUGGAGUUCGCCGCUGCGCCACCCGUACCAUCGACGCCAUCGCCGGCGCGCUCGACACCGUUCACGCCCCGCGCCAUGCGCCGCAGGUCACGCAGUGUUGACUCGAUGGCAGCCUUCGCCUCACCCGCCUUCGAGUUCUCCACUCCGACGGAAGGCGCCUCGGCAAACUCCAGCCUGCUCGUCACACCUCCGUCGGCAGGACCAACACCGUCAUUGGUACACAGUGCGGCCGAGCGGCUGUCGCCGCCCGUGCAGGCCUCACCACUGAUCGACGACCACGCCGGGUCUGUGCUUGAGCGUGUCGACAGCACAUCGAGCUCGAGCGACGAGUCGGAGGAGCACAUCCGUCCCGCGCCGUCGACACCGUCUCGACCAUCGCGUGCGCCGGCCCGCGCCCUCCCCGCCGUACCGGUACACGCAUACUCCGAGGACGGGCAUGUCCAGCAGCAGAUCGCACCGCCUGCGUUUGCGCCUCGCACCAGCCUGCCCACGCGUGGCAGGGCUUCUUCCGUCACGACGUCUGUCCCCACCGUCGUCCCCGUUCCUGUUGUACAGCAGGCCGUUGAGGCACACGUCGAGGUCGAGGUCGAGGUCGAGGUCGAGGGCGAGAGCGAGACGGACGCCGAGGCGGACGCCGAUGGCGAAGUGAUUGACUUUUCGCGACCGGCGCCACCACCCGCGGCCCACUCGACGCGUUCUCGCUACUCUGGCCCCUCGUCGUCGCACGGUCAUGGCUACCCCACCUCCUCCCACGGACAUGGCUACCCCACCUCGUCGCACGGACACGGCUCGCUGCCCCCUUCUGCGAUGCCCGCCAACAUGGUGCCCACCCCGCAGCACGCACAGAUGUACCCCACCGCCAUCCCGAUCGAGUCUAUCCCCCGUCCACCGACGCGCACGGGCUCGUCGAGCAGCUAUCGCUCCCACCGGACCGGUGGGCCGCCCUCGCGCUCGGCCUCGUCGGCCGGCCACUCGGACCGCGACCCGCACGCCAACGCUGUCCCGCACACCCCUCAGGCUAUCGCCCACGCCGUCAACGUCUGGCGUCAGAAGAGCAAGGGCAAGGAGGGGCGCGAGGAGGCCGAGAAGGCCAUGAGCGCUGCCCAGCCGCCUGCGGCCGACGGCGCCUCGCGCCACACGCGCCGCGUGCCCUCGUUCGGGAGCAUUCGGCCCCGCGCCUCGCGUGCCGACCGCAUCGAGGCCGCCAUGCGCAAGCAGGCCCCUGGUGGUCCCGACCACUGGGCUGCCGACGACAAGGUCGAGCCCCAUGUCGCGGCUGACCCGUUCGCGCACGCCGGCGCGUGGGAGGCGCCCAACACAUACAGCGUGUACGGGGGCAUCAACGAGUUUGAGCCCCCUGCCCCAAUCCAGACCGAGCCGCUGUUCAAGCCUCCUACGAGGCUACCGCAGCUCGGUGGUGGUGGUGGUGGUCGCCCUACGACGCCACAGAUGGGUGGCCGCCCCACGACGCCUCAGAUGCACCACCAGCAGCUGAGACCGACAACGCCACAGAUGCACCACCCCCGGUCCAUGACGCCUCAGAUGAUGAACCACCGGCCCACGACACCGCAGAUGCAGCGGCCCUCGGCGCUCCCAUACCUGCCACAGGGACAGGGGCACUACAUCCCCGCGCACAGGGCGCAGAGGAUGCAGCAGCCAGUCGGUGGGCAGGGCGGGUGGAUCUAG